GAGCCACGCAGAGCUGACAAUGCAUUUUUAGUCCCAGCAACCGCAACAGUUAUCAUUAACUGUUGUUGGUGUUGCUAUGUUUAUGCUUCCGGUAUAGGCCGAGGCGAGCCAGGCACAGCCCACAGGUUUUCUUGCAACCAAGCGAAGGGACGGUCAUCAUGCCUCCAAAGAAAAAGGCUCAACAAAAACAAGAUGGUACAGAAUUGGAUUUAUCAAAACUGAAAGUGGAAGAGCUACGCACUCUGUGCAAAAAAAGGGGCCUUCAGACAACAGGGAGGAAAACUGACCUUGUAGACCGGUUGCAGAAAAGUGACGAGGAUGCUGCCGCAGGGGGCAAAAAGAUUAAGCUUGAAGAAGAAGAAGAUGAAAAGCCAACAGUGAAGGAUAAACUAGUUGCUUUAGCUGCAGAAGAAAAGAAGAAGAAAAAGCAAUGUCAAAGGAGUGUAGACAGUAUUUGUCACCUUUCGAAUGCAGCGGUCUUUGAGGAUUAUGAUUGCAUGUUGAAUCAAACCAACAUAGGACAGAAUAAUAACAAGUUUUAUGUUAUCCAGCUAUUGCAGUCUUCUAAAGCUUACUAUGUAUGGAACAGAUGGGGUCGUGUGGGUGAACCAGGCUCCAGUGCAUUAAAAGGUCCGUUUGGCUUUGAAGCUGCCAAGAAAGAGUUUGAAAAGAAGUUUAAAGACAAGACAAGAAACGACUGGGCAGCGAGAGAUGAUUUUCAACCUGUAAAAGGGAAAUAUACUUUAAUUGAAAUGGAUGCUUCAGAUGAAACUGACAAUGCUGUUAUGGAAGGAAAGCUCUCAGCUCUUGAUGCCCCAGAUGGUGCAGAGAAAAAGUUCAAACCCUGCAAGCUUGACAAAGCAACCCAAGACCUGCUAUCUCUCCUGUUUGAUAGUGAUAUGUUCAAGGAGGCAAUGACAGAAAUGAAUCUUGAUGUCAAGAAGAUGCCAUUAGGUAAACUGAGUAAGAUGCAAAUUGCCAAAGGUUUUGGAGUUUUGGAAGAAAUUGAGAAGAUACUAGACCAAGGGAAAAAAGCUGGUUUAGAAGAGUUAACGUCAAGAUUUUUCACAGUAAUCCCUCAUUCUUUUGGCCGGCAAAGGCCACCUGUUAUCAACACAAAGGAAAUUCUUCAGAAGAAAAUGGAUAUGCUAACUGUUCUUGGAGACAUUGAAAUCGCUCAGAGGCUAAAGCAGGAGGAAGAAGAAAGUCAGGCUGGGCUUGAAAUGGCUGACCACCCAAUCGAUGUCAACUAUUCACUUCUGAGUGCAGACCUAGAACUUGUCAAGAAGGACAGUGAAGAAUUCAAGUACAUAAGCACGUAUACCAACGCUACAAAGAUCAGUGGCUAUCGAUCAAACUUAAAGAUUCUUGAUGUCUGGAGAAUGAAUCGUCAUUCGGAGGGUGAACGGUUUAAGGAACACGAUGAGCUGAAGCAUAGAAAGCUUCUUUGGCAUGGAACCAAUAUUGCUGUGGUCGUUGCUAUUUUGAAGAGUGGUCUACGGAUAAUGCCGCAUUCAGGCGGUAGAGUCGGAAGGGGCAUUUAUUUUGCUUCAGAAAAUGGCAAAUCCAGUGGAUAUGUUGGCAUAUCAUCAAAAAAUAUUGGCAUUAUGUUCCUUUGUGAAGUUGCCCUGGGGAAGGAGAAAGAGAUAACAGCGGACGACUCGAGUUUAAAAGCGGCUCCCAAGGGAUAUGAUUCAAUUGUAGCAAGAGGCAGAACAGAGCCAGAUCCAAAGCACGAUGUAAAGGUAAAUUUCGAUGGGAAGGAAGUAAUUGUUCCUCAAGGCAAACCAAUCAACCAAAAAGAGUUUGCAGGCAGUCAUUUUUCCCAAAGUGAAUAUCUCGUGUACAAGGAAAGCCAAGUCAGGAUGCGGUAUUUGCUGGAGUUUCAAUUCUAACAAAGUAUCUUUGAGUGGUUUUUAGCAGUUUUUAAACAGAAGUAAUUUUUGUUUUAAGGUAUUUUGAUUCUUACGAUGUUAAGCACCGUUAAGCUGUCAUUAGGUGAAAGAGAUGGCACAAAUUUUGAAAAUGUUGAUAAAAAAGUAAAUUGCACGGACAAUUGCACGUACGCAUGCACUGAUAGAAAGAUAUAUAGAUUGAUAGAAGGAUUGAUUUUUGCGCAGUGAUUUUUGCGAGUUUCUUUUUUUUUGUAUCGAAAUACCCGAUUUUUAGGUAAAUUUUCUGAGUCCUAUCAAAUGAUUUUUGGCACUGUGCACAUGUAUAAGAUUAGAAACAUGACGAAGAUAGAAAACGGCUGGUUGCAACCUAAAAAGUUUUUAUGGCUGAUACUCUUUCAUUCCUUACUGUUCUGUCGCAAAAAGCGAUUUCAUCAUGCAAUAUUAAUUUGAGAUAAUGCUUAGCUGUUGAACACCAAUCCCUUUUGUAUUAUGUCAGAAUUCAAGGCUUCAGCGGAUCGUAGCUUGCUGUUUCAAAGCAAGUUAAUAGAAGAAGACUAUGAGUGGGGCAGUUUCUUAUAGCGAGUCUUUUAAAAAAUAAAUGAGUGCCAUGGAAAUAAUGUAAUUCUCUUAAUGAAGACAGUAUUGCCGAGUCGUAAUCGUUGUGUCAUUUAAUUGAUGAGUAAUCUCCGGCCUAAAUUUGACAGUUCUGAUAUAUCAUUUCUCCGCAAAUUUCCUUCUUAGGUAUAAAAUCAAUUCAGUGCUUUCCCCUAUGUUCUGACUAAUGAUGAACAAUGUCCAUUACGAAUAGCCUCGCGUUUCAAAAACGUCACAAUGACUGGAGCACAAGCAAAGUAAAGCUUAACCCGCAGGGGAAUUAUGAUUGCCAAGUUCACAUUCGGUUUUAUAAGGUUCCUAAAUGAACAUGGACAUUGUUCCUAAUAGUGUAUUGGUGGGAUUUAAACACUUAUGCAAUUUUUAUGCCAUUCACCACUAUUAAGGGGGGGGGGGGCCUUAAGCUUAAUGUGGGUCUUCCCCGAAUAUUAUUGCUACAUUGACAUAGAACUGUUAUAAAUGGAGCCUGAGCUGCGAUGAAUAUUCAAUGCUGCCCUCUCAGCCCCUGUAUAUCGUGCUUCUAUUAUUACUAGAACGCGUUGUGCCAUACCAAGCAGGAAAACAGCAAGCUUCUUCAAGCAUGGUCACAGCUUUGAAACAAAAACCUAAACAUAUUUUGGUAAUGUAACGUACAUAUAAUAGUACAGUCUCUCAUCCCCUUCCUCCCUUUAAAAAUUGGUCGCAUUAAUCGCAUUAGCAGAAAUUCAGAUCAAACUGCAAAAAUAUCAAGAUUGCUCUGGAAACCAGGAAACUGUAAAUUAGUUUCAGUUUCGUUUUGGUUUUGAUCAAAGUACCUUGAAGAAGAGGAAUCGUGUAACAACGGGAGUAUGUUUCAAAAUCAGAGUCCAGAAAUAUCCUUAAACUGCGUCCCGUCAAAAUUUUUCCCUGUCAAAACCUUCCUCCAUUUUUCAAGGCAAUCACCUUGAAUAGGGCGUGGCUAGGGAGUAGCAAGAGCAUAAAGCGUGAAAGACGCUGUAAAUUGAGACAAAAUUUUGUGUUUUGGUCGAUGGUAAUUAUCGCGUACGAUAAAACUUUUCUAGAAUAACAUUCAAAACAUUACAGCUCGAGAAUAAUAUUUCUUUUUAAAUGUCAAAUGAUAAAAUCGAUAUGAACAUGCUAUAAUAAAAAUUGAAAAAUUUCAAAACCAUGGAGCAGAGGCUCAUUAAGGGUCCUUUUUGAUGUUAGUACUUAAGGGUCCUGGGUCUUAGGGUCUUAGGGUCUGGUUUUCACGGUAAUCACCUAAUUGUAAUGUUAACUGUCCGUCUAGUUCGCUUGUUGGUAUUUGGCAUCAUUUAAGUAUGAAGGAAGCGCAAACACUGUCACCAACAGCCCUGUGCAGAGAAAUAUAUCAAAAACUAGUUUUAGACAUAAUCGAUACUUUCUGAUAAAGAAUGGGGGGGGGGCUUGAAAUUUUUGCCAUUAGAUUUCCCUAUGAUCUCCUUUUCUCAAGAGUUAUCCCUGCUUUGAUAAGAGAAGUUGCAGUGGGUGACGGAGGCUAAGUAGAAAAGCUUGCGCUCACUAGCAGUGACAAGCAAAAUGCACACCUUGAGAAAGUUUUCC